UGUCCUGUCAAACGGCCGAGAGCUUUGGCGCGUAAAACUGGCUUGGAAAUCUAAAUAAUUUUGUAUAAAUAAUAACAAUAAAUCAUUACUAAAAUGGGCCUCAUUGAAUUAUGUGAUAAGUAUUUUAAAACUAGUAAUCUUUACGAAGUCCUGGGAAUAACAGAAAAGGCUACCGACAAGGAAGUUAAAAAAGCUUACCACAAGCUAUCCUUAAAAGUGCACCCAGAUCGUGUAGAUGAAAAUGAAAAACUUGAAGCUACAGAAAAAUUCAAAGUACUUGGCAGCAUUCACACUAUUCUCAGUGAUCCAAACAAAAGGGCCCUAUAUGAUGAGACAAAAAGUGUUGAUGAUGAUGACUACAAUGUUAUUGUGGACAGAGACUGGACUAUUUACUGGAGGAUGUUAUUCAAGAAAAUAACUGAUGAGGAUAUCAAGGCCUAUGAGAAGGAAUAUGUUGGAUCUGAACAGGAAAAGAAUGAUCUCAAAGUUGCUUAUUUAUCUGGUAAAGGAGAUAUGGACUAUAUCUGUGAUCAAGUACAGUUUGCUCGGUCAGACCAGGAAUCAAGGAUAAGGGGAAUUUUAAGUGGAAUGAUCGAAAAUGGUGAAAUACCACCAUAUAAAAUAUUCACAAAUGAACCAGCCAGGAAGAGGAAGCGUCGUUGGGCCAAAGAGAAUCGUGAAGCUAAGGAAGCUGAAGAACUGAAAAAUGAAUUAGGAUUAGGAUCAGAGAAUAAUAGCUUAGAGCUAAUGAUAAAACAAAAACAACAAUCCAGAGCCCAACAAAUGGAUUCCUUCAUUGAUGAUUUAGCAGCUAAAUAUGGUGGUGACAAAAAAGCAACAAAGAGAAAGGCAGCGCCUAAGACAGAAACCAAAAGUAAAAGGAAGAAAUAAAUUUCAAUAAUUUGUACAAAACUGUAAUAUUUAUUUAAUUUUAAAUUUAGUGUGUCAUCAAUUCAUCAAUGUUUACAAACAUUAUGAAACAAAACUGUAUGAAAUUU